CAUUUCAGCACCAUGCCGCGGUCUCAGGUGCUGCCCAGACUCGAAACAUUUCAGCACCAUGGCCCGGUCCCCUGACGCCUAGAAACGUGUCAGCACUAUGCAGCGGACAAUAGUGCUGAAAUAGUUAAAGCCCCCUAGAACGUCAUUGAUUUUAAAUUAUUAACGUGAAAUGGGAGGAUCAUCCGGAUGACCAAAAUAAAGUUGUGGAGAAUAUGAAGGAUGAAACAGAGACACAUGAGACCAACAAGAACAGGACAGGAGGCAAGGCUAAACGUAAGUCCAGUGGCCGUGCCAAGAAGACUUCCGUGGAGGAGGACAGCAGCAUUGGUGCAGGUCCGAGAUUACUUAAUGUUGGGUGCAGGUUGUGUUCAAAUUCAUCAGCACUGAUCUGAGAAGAUAGUAUCUAUAUAGGUGAAAGCAAUAUAGUGGAGGCCCGCAGAGAGAUGUGCUUUUACCUGUCCAGUGCAAUCAAAUCACUAAAGGUGAACAAAAUGACUCAUAUACUUGCUAAAAGCUUAAUUAAAUACACUUUUAUUAUCCCUAACAUGGCUAUCUAGUGACUCCACUAACUCAACACCAGUGUGCAGCUAAAAUAUGUUUCCUUUCUUUUCUUUUCUCUAGCCAAUGGAGAGUGAUUCAGCAUGGCAUGAAAAAUAACCUGACAUUCGAGCAGCUCUCCAUGCUGUGUCUGAAGAUUGUUAAGGUCGUGACCCAGACAGCCCUCCGCAUUCUCCUACCAACGCUAGCUCGUAUCAUGGGGGUGAACCUGAGGAGUGGGGCAACCUCCCCAGAAUCCCAGUGCUCUCUGACAGGGUCUGAGGAUUCCUUAGGCAGUCUGGAUGAGAGAGAGAAAAGGCUGCUGAUCAGUGAGAUGAACUACUGGACUAAGGAGAGGAGGAGGAAUGGCAGUGCAGGGUGCCGCCAAAAAUCCACUCGCAGAACCUCAUCAUCAUGCUGGUCGCCUAAGAGGUCCCAGACCUCAUUGCAGAGCUUGCCUGCAACUAGAGAGGCUCCCCUCAUGGAGGAGCCUCUGAAGGCUCUUUUUGGGGUAACGGAAGAGAGCCUCCUGAUAUCCCUGGUUGAGGGUCACUCCAACCCCACCUCCUCCAGCUCCUCCGAGUUGAGCUGUGCUAUCGUGGGGGAGGUAGUACACCAGCUUAACUCUGGCCUCUCAGUGGCCAUUCAGGCCAGCUCGGGGAGUUGCCCCCCUAUGGACAGUCAGGACAUAGCAGCAGGCAAGGAGGUCAUUCGGGUAGCCUCGGUGCAGAUCCUGGCCGAGCUACAGAGCAAAACGUCUGAGCCAGAGUGGGUAGGGUUUAUCGAGCCCCUCAUGGACCCUGUGACCGAUGAUGUGCUGGAUGCCAUUGUCGGCACAAUGGACAAAAUGGCACAUGACUUCGACAUCCUCUUGGAUCUGGCCAAGAAGAUGACAAUCUUGGGGUCUAAAUUUCUGACCAAUCUUCAAUGUGACCUUGAUGUUGAGUGUCCAUCUGGGAAAGAAGGAACCACUCACUUUCUCAAAGAGACUGGAUCCUCUACCAGUGUGGUGGCCAGAAAGCUUCAGACCCUCUCUAGCCACGACUUUCAGUCUAAAGCCCUCAAGGCGGUGAGCACCAUCCUUACAAGGAAAGUCAGCAGCUCUUCUGGCAUGGCUCCUUCCUCUAGGCUUUCUAGUGCUGCUCCUAGCCUUACUGAAGCACCCCUGAAUACCAGCUCUACAGCCCUGACAUCUGUAACCUCCACUGCCACAGUGAUUGUUAAGGCAUUUGUGGGAGGCAUGGAGACGAUAGCAUCAUUUGAAGGCACAUGUGAAGCAGUUGAUUGGCCAGUUCCUGUAAAUGACCACAAAACAGGGUCUUCACAGAAGAUAACCUUCUCUCCAGCCCGCACACUUUACGGCCUUAUACGAGCAAAGCUGAGGGACCUUUUAACUCUAUCCUCUCGAGAAGAAGGUGUGGCUAAGGACGCUUCUCUUCAGGAGUCUUCAGACACCCUGGAAAAGGCAACUGUUUCAACUGUUGAGGUCCAGUUACCCAGCACCAAACUUAGUAGAGUUCAUAGUGAGAGCCAACCAAUAUCAGCUCUCUGUCUCUCCAAUCUGGAUACCAGUACUCAAGAAGUUCUUAGCAGUGUUUUUUCCAUCUACAAGUCAGAGUUAUCAAAAGUGGAGAGUAAAUCCUUGGACGUUGUCAGUUCAUCUGAUGAGUCCCUAGAGGCUUGUUGGAUUGUUGAUGGUGUCCUAUCAGAGCUUGAUGACUAUACUAUUUCCCAGUCACCCUCACCCAAUGAAGACUUGAGUGGGAGUACUCAAUGUUCUCAACUGAGCUCAGAAGAGAGUGUCAGAAUCACACAGUCCUCUACUAGUCUGAUUCAGAGCAUUAAGAAGCUCUCUAGCAAUGACUUUCAGACUCAGGCAGAAGAGGCAGUGAGUAAAGUGCUGAUGAGAUCCAGUCAUUCCUUUAUCACACAGAUCAGCCAUACUGGUCUUCAGAAAAGUCCGCAGGCUGGCUUAUCAUCUAGCUCGCCAUCAGAGAUUGCCUCCAUGUCCUCUCAAAAUACAGCCUCUGGAUUAGUGGAAACCUUUGUCAAAGGAAUGGCGACUAUUUUCCAGAAAAAUGAGUCCACUGGCACUGUGCUACUGGAAAGAAGUGGGAAAGUUUUACAGUGCUCCCACGGGGGCUCCCAACUGGAUGAUACUGAAUUGAGUGUUCAAAUAUCAGAGGAGAAGCUUUGGUCAACAGCUAAGACCAUCUGGGUCAGUAUGAAGAACACACUUAAGGAUUUCUUCACAGGGCUGAAGCCAUCCGGAUCCGAAAGGACAGAAAAUGCUUCUUCCAAAGAGACCCUUGGGGAAAUCCUGGUUGCUAUCCAGAGUGAAAUCUCAAACUUAGGGCGAAUGAAGGAUUCCAGGGAGCUCCUUCAGAUCAACGAUAUGGUAGGAACUAUGCUGAAAGAGGUUGAGAAAAGUGAGGAUGACAGUGAAGAAGUCUGCCAAGACAUCCCUAGAAGCUGUUCAUCUUUGUCCACUUCUUUAAAGGGUCGUAGUUCCUUGUCCAGCUCUUCAAAUGGUCCUAGGUCAGAGUGUGAGUUAGAGAUCAACCUCCCUGGCACUCCCAUCCCUGACGAAGUGCCUUUUGAUCUGACCUUCCCCUUAGUCAGGAGCUCCUGCAUCGACAUCAUGGACUCUAAAAUGCCAGAGAUUUCUACAAGUGACCUAAAGACAAAGAUGAUGGCACACACAGAUGAACCCCUGCAUCGUAACAGUCCAAUGACUGACAGCAGCCGACCACCGAGUGCUAAAGCCUCUUUUCGAUCAUCCACUCCGUCUUUCACCAGCAAGGGAACCUCUUUGGUACCAAAGGGAGAUGGGAUUGACAUUGAAGAGAAGGUGUGCAUCCCCAGCAGCUCUGGCCAUCUGAGGGAGCUCUUAAUCACCCCGGACAUCAGCAGUGCCACUGCAUUCCUACUGCAGUACUUGAUGGACUCCAGCAAAGAUGAUGUCAUGUGUUUGGUCACCAUACUGGUGAUACGGUUGCUAUCGAAGAUCAGACCCUCAGCCCUAGAUGGACCCUCCCAACAGGCAGCAGACAUGACAGAAACAUCUCAGCAACUCAUCAGACAAGUCCUGUCUGAGUUCUGUGCUGCAUCCAGAUUCUCCAGGACACAGGCAUAUUCCCAGAACCUGCACAUCCACAGGGUGUUCAGAGGUGUACAUAAAAACCUCAUGGAGGAGUUUGGCUCUUAUAACACCCUGCAAGCAGCUAUUUCCUCCCAGGACCCUGCAUUUGACAGAGUCCUGGUAAAGUCCUUGACCCAGCAGCUGGUACAGGGAUGCAAGGAGGUGUCAAGACCAGCUUCUGCUGCAACAAACCCAUCAGACCAGGCUGAGACAGAGAGGGGGGCUGAGCAGAAAGCAAGAAGGAGCUUCCUUUGCUUUUCAAUGACCAAACCCAGGAUCAACUUCAAGGUAUAG